UAAACCUUAAAUCACGAUAUAUUGAAGUCCUAGGGUUUCAGCCGUCUCGAUCAAAGCCGUCGUACUCUCACUUUUGCUCGCCGCCUCGCUACCUCGCCGCCGCCGACGCGCUACCUCGCCGCCGACGCCGCCGCCAUCAUGGGUCGCAUGCAUAGUCGCGGAAAGGGCAUCUCGUCGUCGGCGCUGCCGUACAAGAGGACUCCUCCGAGCUGGCUUAAGAUCUCCGCCCCAGACGUGGAGGAAAGCAUAUGCAAGUUUGCGAAGAAGGGGCUAGCGCCGUCGCAGAUUGGCGUCAUCCUUCGUGAUUCUCACGGUAUCGCCCAGGUCAAGAGUGUCACUGGGAGCAAAAUUCUCAGGAUCCUCAAGGGUCAUGGACUUGCGCCGGAAAUUCCUGAAGAUUUGUACCACCUGAUUAAGAAAGCUGUGGCAAUCAGGGGGCAUUUGGCCAAGAACAGGAAGGACAAAGACUCCAAGUUCAGGCUCAUCCUGGUGGAGAGCAGGGUCCACCGCCUUGCUCGCUAUUACAAGAGGACUAAGAAGCUUUCUCCAGGCUGGAAAUAUGAUUCUGCUACUGCCAGCACUCUAGUGGCUUAGAAAAGUCCACUUUCUAGAAUUCCUGAAAUCAUUGAUGGACAAUGCUUGAUGAAAUUUAAAACAUUUUAGGAGAUUUGUUACAACGACCACAUUUUAGUAUUUACCUUUCCUGUUUCUGUUAUAAACAUUGUUAUGAAGUAUGUGAAACGUUUUGGGGUUAAUUUGUGAGAUAGAAUUUAUAAACUUCAGAAAAUUAAUUUAGAACAA